GCAAGGAGGUGAUAAUAAUGCUUUGGCCCAAGUUUGUCAAAGUAUGUGUCUAAAAAGAAAGGCCACUGGACACAACAUGGAUGAAGAGGACAACAUAACAAACAAGAGCAGGAGAUCAAAAUCUGGCCCCAAACCUGAGAUUCAUCUGGCUUUACCACCUACAAACACUAGCAAGUCUUCCCCAAGAAGCUCUCCUUCCAAAUCGGAUGCCAUGACGGGUACAAGGCGUACUCGUUUAUCCUUCAGAAGAAUUGCUAGCAAUAGGAAAAACAAAAAGAGGGGUUCAACUCAGGGGAAUGGCUUCAUGUCACUACUCGAAGUGGAAAUUAAGGAAGCUGAAUCUUGUAAGGAGCAAAUUAAAGAAAGUGAUCUUCAAAUCAGCAUGUCCCAAUAG